AUGUACUAUAGAUGGGAACGAGAAGAUUAUGGACUACCAUCGAAUGUGACGUUUGACGACAGUAUGCGUAUAAUGAUUAUUCACAACGCAAAGUUAGAGGACAGUGGAACAUAUACUUGCCAUGUAAGACGAGGAAAGAGUAAUACAGCUAAGAAAACCAUACUCCUUUCUGUUGAAGCCAAACCUUACUUCAUGUUCCCACUGAAGAACCAACAUCUGGACAAGGGAGUGAAAAUCUCGUGGAAAUGUCUUACAAUAGCUGUACCCAGAGCGACAUACACGUGGUACAAGGACACCAAAAUACUCACAGCAGUGCCCGGAGAUUAUGAGGUAAAGGGAAAUGUACUGACGAUAGAGUCCGUGGAUAAACAACAUGAAGGAAUGUACCAAUGCCGAGCUGAAAAUACUCAUGGUGUAAUUUUCAGCAGCGCUCAACUCAGAAUACUAAGCUUCCCGCCGUCUUUUUCGAAACAUCCGGUCAAAUCAACAGUAGCUACUGAAGGCGGUAACAUCACACUGAUCUGUUCACCGGAAGGUGCACCGUUUCCAACAAUUACGUGGCAGAAAGAUGGUAGUGAAAUGGGUCUAUCAGUAGGUUCCAGCAACGGUAAACAUAUCUUUAUGCCAAAUGGUAAUCUAAUUAUCACCCAAUUAAGUCAAUCUGAUUCUGGCGAAUAUACCUGUACAGCAACCAAUGAUCUCGGAAGUGACACAUCAUCAGCAACUAUUUAUAUUACUAGUAAGUACAAUGAUAUUAAGUAG